AUGCUACAAUCAACGAGCAACAAUUUCAAAUCUGAUCUUUUGAUUAGGUACCGACAGUUUCGGAUCUUGCCUAACAACACCUUGAAGUUUUGCUGCCUUUUUACGGAUCUCAUGGACGACUACAGUACUUACAAGCUUCCAGUAAAGGUGGUGCUGGGCAUAUUGUCGAGCCUGGUGUCGCUAUGUUGCAUUCUUGGAAAUUUGCUGGUGCUAGUCGCCUUCUGUGUGGAUCGGGGAGUGCGCGCCUCUAAUAACUACUUCAUCAUCUCCCUUGCCGUCACCGACCUGACCAUUGGAUUGAUUUCUCUCAACCUCCUUAUCCUCUAUCUCCUUCUGGGCUACUGGCCAUUGGGGAAUUUCAUAUGUGACUGCUGGCUUGCCAUCGACUUCACUGCUUGUCUUGUGUCUCAGGUGACGGUCUUCUUGAUCACACUGGACCGUUUUAUGUCCGUCAAGUUCCCGGUCAAAUAUCGCAACUGGAGGUCAGAAAACAAGCUCAGGGUGAUGUUGGCUCUGAGUUGGGUGCUGCCAGCCGCCCUGUGGAUUCCCAUGGUGUUCGCUUGGUACGAGAUUACUGGAGAGGUGCGACCACCCUCCGAUCAAUGCAAUGUUCCCUUCACCCAUUACACGGCCUUUAAUACCAUCCUUACCAUCUCCUACUUUUGGAUUCCCCUCUGUUUUAUGAUCUCCCUCUAUGUGGGGAUAUACAGGACUGCCGUAAAGCUACAUCAUAACGUGCAUGAAACCCAUCGUGGAUUAGCUGAUCUCGUCCUAAUGGCAGGAACAACUAUGUCGAAGAUCGGACUCUCGGUUAGGGUGUCCGAACCGCAGAGCCGUGCUAAACCGAGAGCUCCGCCUGAGAAGGACGCCGAGCAGCCAAAUCAUUUGGCUUCACAAAAAUUGGACGCAAAGGAUGCUGACCUGUCUCACAAGAAUGACAGUGGCUUAAAUAAACAGGUGAACAUGAAUAGCUCCUUACCUCAGCUGCAGACUGAACAUCAGACAGAAUUCAUUGACUCCGGUCUGGGCGAAUCUAACAACAUGCGUACCACCUCGGAUUUGGGUUUGGGAUGUAAGCAGAGGUCCAGUUCGUUAAGCCUUGAAAUGCCCGAAUUCUGCGAUCACUACCGCUGCAUACUGUCCCCCAACGCGCCUCCCAGCAGAGGCUCUUCCGUCCUCUCGGAGUCCAUUGAUCCCUGGACACGGCAAAAUGGAUCGAAGUCCCCUUCUAAAUUUGAGGGCCACUGCAAAGAGACUCUGAAAAACAAUCAGAAGAACAUUGACCGCACGGAAAACACCACUGGAAAUACGAGCGAAACACGACCGACACUUCAGCCGCACAAGGAGGAGAAAAAAAGUAAGGCGAUGGUGCCUUCGUUCCUGCGAUUAAGAUUGAAAAUUGUAAAACCCAAGCGCAAAGAAUCCUCCUCCUUUGCAAAAACCGAAAACAGCUCAACAGAUUCGGCAAAGCCGCAAGGUAACAAUGACAGCAAAAACAACCAUGACAGCAAUAAUAACUCUGCAUCUCGAAAAAACGUCACUAAUCAAGGCAGCAUUCGGGACCGAUUUGUUUGGUUCCGAAAUCAGAAGAGUGCAGAGAAGGGGAAAGUGGAACGCCGGAAGCGAAAACGAGCACGCAAAGCUCUACGUAUGAUCAGUUUUAUUCUGGGAGCCUUUGUAAUCUGCUGGACGCCUUAUCACAUUAUUAUAAUAAUCAAGGGAUUCUGUGACAUUCCGAGUCAGGGAUAUUCGUGCAUCGAUGUGCAUUUGUAUAACUUUGCCUACUACAUGUGCUACAUGAAUUCGCCCAUUAAUCCCUUCUGCUACGCGAUGGCCAAUAUUGCAUUCAAACGAGCUUUUUUGCGUAUUCUGGAUGGUGAUUUCCGAAAAACAUGA